UCUUUUAACAGUAGAACAACCACAAAAAUCAAAAUAAAAAAAAAAUCCUCCUGCUACGAACGACGAACAAAAUUUUCUUUUUCGUUGUCUUUUUUUUGCAAAAACAAAAAGUUUAUAAUAACAUUUUUGUGUUGUUAAAAUAAAAACAAUUUAAUUAAAAUCGAAUUAAAAUACCAAAAUCUCCUAAUAACUUUGCUUUGAUAUAACAAAAAUUUCCUCAAAAAAGAAAAGUAGUUUACCUCGUAAUGACAUUUCAAGAUUUUUGAGGAAAAAUUUGAAAGAAAAUGUCCGAUUGCUAUUUUUUGUUGCAAAUUGAUUUUCUAAUUAAAAUUAUUUUUUUUCCAACAAAAAAACAAUCAAAUUAAGUAAAAAAAAAGAAUAUAAAAACUAUUUAUUCUUUUUAUUUGCCAAAUACCCGUUGUGGUCUCUAGUUAACAAGAAAUUUACCGAAUAAAAAGAAAAAAAGAAAAAACUUGUUCAGAGUAAAAGAAUGGACAAGGAAACAAGUCCUACUAGGACAAGCAAAAGGCGUAAAUCUGAUGAAACUGAAGAGAAUGAUAACCAACCAUUGCCAAGUACUUCUUCCCAAUCACAACAAAAUGAAAAUGCCAAUUUAUCAAUUGAAUUGGAUGAAUUGGAUCCCGCUGAAGCGGCACUCGAUAAAAUUAUCGCCGACAGUGGCAUUGCUUUCGGGGAACGGACUGAAACAGAUGAUGUUGAAGUCGUCGAUGUUACAACAAGUCCAACAUCGCCGCCAACAUUGCCACAAGAUGGUGAAGGUGGCGGCGGUGGUGAUUCGGAUGGAACUAGUCCAAGUGGAGAAGUCCGAUUUCGUGUACGUGGCCGUCGUUUGUCGGGUGUUAGACCCAGUAACUAUCGAAGUCGAAUGAUAACUUCGUCGUCUUCGUCUUCAUUGGAUUCGUUGACUGAAGUGGUUGUGAGGGAGCCAACACGUCGGCCACGUUCUAGGCCACCAUCCGAACCCAAUGAAGCUUCUAGUGAAUCGGAUCUGGUCCAUACAAGUGCUCCAGAAUUCUCUCUGGAUUCAUCAAUUACAAGUGACUCCGACACCAAUAAUUAUGAAGACUUCGCCAGUAGUAAUGAUGAGGCUGCUACUGGGGAUGAAGUGGAUGAUCAGGCUUUUAAUGAAAUAAUGAAUAAGCCCAAGCCUACAUACGCUUGGAACGUGGCAUCACAGGUGAUGCACCGAGAGCAUGGUCUCUCGGGUGAUGGACGUCGAUCUAUUCACGGAGGGAUCACUAAUACCUUCCAGUCGAGAUUCUAUGGAUCUCGACAUGUCGUUGAAAAAAUAAAACUCUUGCAUUCUAUGCACAAGCAUAGUGGAUGUGUAAAUUGCUUGAAUUUCAAUCGAUCAGGAAAUCUACUAUGUACUGGUUCCGAUGAUAUGCGAGUUAUAGUCUGGGAUUGGGCAAUGAAUAAAACAAAAUUCUCAUACAAAUCUGGUCAUCAGGCGAAUAUUUUCCAAACCAAAUUCAUAGAAAUGAACGGAUGCAUGAAUAUUGUGUCGACAAGUCGUGAUGGUCAGGUGCGUGCUGCCAUUAUUCCACCAAGUGGCGGUAAAAUAAAAACUCGAGCUUUAUAUAAACAUAGUUCGGCUGUCCAUAAGUUAGUUUUAUGUCCACAAAAUCCAUUUGUGAUCUUGAGUGCUGGAGAGGAUGGUAAAAUUGUUUGCUGUGAUUUGCGUAAAUCACCGGUGAAUCGUCUCAAGACUGUCAAAGAGGAUAGAAAGAAAGUUCCACUCUAUAGUAUAGCUCAUCAUCCGUUCGAUCCAGAGAUUUGUGUGUGUGGCAAUGAUAGCUAUGUGAGGGUUUAUGACAAAAGGAAUAUGAGCAAGACUCUUCAUAAAAUGUGUCCUCAGAGAAUAGAUGAUCAAACUAUUACACCACAUAUAACAUGUUGUGUUUACAAUAAUAAUGGAUCUGAGAUUUUAGCCUCGUACAGCGAUGAUGAUAUAUAUUUGUUUAAUAGCAAAUUUUAUACACCUGGAUCAUAUGAACAUCGUUACAGGGGUCAUUACAAUCAUAAAACUAUCAAAGGAGUUAAUUUCUUUGGGCCAAACUCUGAAUAUGUGAUCAGUGGCAGUGAUUGUGGGAAUAUAUUCUUUUGGGAUAAAAACACAGAAGCCAUUUUGAAUUUCAUGGAAGGUGAUAAUUCUGGAGUGGUAAAUUGCUUGGAACCACAUCCCUCAAUACCAGUACUUGCUACAUCUGGAUUGGAUUGGAAUAUUAAAAUAUGGGCACCAAAUAGUGAAACCUAUCCUCCCCUUGAGAUUUUGGCUGAUAUCAUUUACCGAGCUGACACUUCUGUUCCCAGAUAAACAACUUUUUUGAACUCCUCAAAGUUAUAACUGCCGUAAGACACGUUCUGACCAAGUCCAUAAUGUGAGCCGAGUAUAUUUGAUAACAUCAUGUUCUCCACAUUUAUGACAAGCCCCACUCUGUUGUCCUCCGAGAUUGAAAAGGCACCAGAUAGAGCUCGUAAAUUGUGUAGUGUAUAUCUUUAUCCGCCGAAUCAAAUUUAUUGUAACUCGGGAACAGUUAUUGAUUACUGAAAAGGUAAUCUCUUUAUUGUGUUGUUGUGAACCCUGCUGAAGCUAUUUUUAAUAGUGAUUGGUAGUACAAUGGCUCAGUAUACAAUUUUAGCAAUAAAAUUGCCAAAAUUGUCACAUAAUUUCGUAUAAUGUCAUUUGGCCGAUUUUUAGUAGGAGAAAUUAACUUAUAUUUUAGAAC